ACCCUCUGAUGUCAUCUCCUCUUCACCUCGCAUUUCAGCACCAACUGAAGCAGGAAACACCCACAGUCAAAGGAACCCAUCAAUCUGCUUUCGCGCAGUAGGAAAAGCUGCCCCCUUUUUCAGAUUACGGGGAAAGAGAAUUAUUUCAAGUAUUGAAGAAUUUGGCCUAAGAUUUUCCCAGACAAUGAGGAUUUGACUCGGCACCGUAUGAAUCUCGUGUGGGGAAGCAUCUGAACAUGGAUAAAGUAUCUCAAGACUGUCCAUACCCUGGAUGCUUUUUUUGUGUUAUGAAGGAAGGAAAUCCAAGCAAGCGCAGAGCCAGUAUACUGAAAUUCUUCAGAGACCUUCCUUUACAGGAUGAUGAUGGUCAGGUUCUUCCUAUCAGUGGCCUCUGGAACACUGCUAUGGCACAUCCUAAUGAUCCAGAGUUCAUUGAAUUGGGGAUAUUUGAAUGCAUGGCUACACUAAUAUGGAAGGGUCUCAAGAACCGUCGUUGGCUUUCUCAUGACCAAAAUAUUUACAUUCCUUAUUAUGCUGCGCAUAUUAUUGGGUCUUACACCAUGAACAUGGAAGAGUUUGCAGAAACUGCUAUACAUGCCGGAGUAAUCCCUCCUUUGGUUGAGCUUUUGAGCGGGAGGUUAACUUGGGUAGAACAAAGAGUGGCAGUGCGAGCUCUAGGACACUUGUCUACAUAUACCAGCACUUUUCCUGCUGUAGCAAGUCAUGGUGAAAUCCUUGAGCUCUCCAUUCAUCUAGCCAUGAGUUCACUGGAAAUAGUUUACUCGCAUUUUUACCAGUAUGUAGAUAGAAGGCUAAGUUAUCAUCGUGAUCUGCUUACUCGUGGUAUGGGUGGUAUUGAAAUGGAGUCCAGGAAGGCAGAGGAAUGGGCUAGUCAGUUGCAAUGUUGGUCCCUUCAGCUCAUUAAUUGCUUUGCAUUUAAGCCAGAGUUUCUUCCAACCAUUUGCAAAACUGAAUUCCUCACGAAUCUACCAGGGAUGUGGGGUGGACUUGUUAACGAAAACUCACCUGCAGGUAUUGGUUUAUUAAGGACCAUUUGUCAUCAUAAGCUUGGUAGAGGACCUGUUGCUAGCUGUCCUGGUAUAAUUGAAGCAUUGUGUAACAUUGCUCGCUCAUCUGAUGACUGGCAGUAUAUGGCUAUUGAUUGUCUUCUUUGGUUGCUUCAAGACCUGAGUACAUGUCAUAAGGUGAUUGAUAAGGCGGUACCUGCUCUUGUAGACCUUGCUGAGAUUACCAACCUUGGUGAUCACAAAAAGCUUGGGGAUUCCAUUGUUACUGUUCUGCAGGAAUGCAUCCAAUCUCAAGGGACAGGAAGAAACUCUAUCAGUAACCGUACAAAAGAGCUGAUUGAAGAACUACUAAAUUCGAGGGAGAGAUUGAAAUGGGAGAAGAAUAUGCCAAAAGAGGAUCUCCAUAUUAAACAGGCAGCUGCAUUAGUGGUCAAGCUUGAAGGAAAUUCUCUUUUCUCUUCUGGAAAUAUAGCUGAAGCUGCAUCAAAAUACUCAGAAGCAUUGACAUUAUGUCCAGUGAGAUCCAAGAAAGAGAGAGUUGUUCUGUACAGUAAUCGAGCUCAGUGUCAUCUGCUCUUGCAGCAACCCUUGGCUGCCAUAAGUGAUGCAACACGUGCACUAUGUCUUCACAAUCCACUUAACCGUCAUGCCAAAAGCCUCUGGAGAAGAGCUCAGGCUUAUGAUAUGCUUGGCUUAGCUAAAGAGAGUUUGCUAGAUGCCAUUCUUUUCAUAAACGAGUGCUCUCAGUCAAAUGACCCUGACCUCUCAUUGAGACAGAACAAGGUUCCUGACUAUGCUGAACGUUUGGUCAAGAAGCAGAUGCGUGCAGCUUGGUUAUUUAGAGAAGCAGCAAUCAAACAUGGGGGAGUCCACAGUGAGGGUGAUGCUGGUGACAUCUAUGGCCAGGACACUGAUGAUUCUGAAUGGGAGACAGCAAGUGAAAGUGACAUAGGAAAUGAUGGAAGGGAUGAAAUGGGUGAUGAUGAUGAUGAUGAUAGUGAAUGGAAGAAUGAAGAUGAGAGAGGAGAUAAGUAUGAUAAACCCUCCAUGAAAGACAUGAAGCUUGGAUAUAAUGUGCAGCAGCUCUCAGAAAAUGAGUCAUGACCAUAGGAUGCAGGCUUUGGUAAUUGAAACUCUACCUACAUCCAGGCUUUGGUCAUGACCCUAGUAUUUGCUGUUUCAUGUUCCACUGCUUUAGCCUUGUUAUGCCUGGAAGUUGGCCCGAUAUCUUGCUUGCUAUUAGAAGCAUAUUUGAAUGAGAAAAUGUGUUUGGUCAUUGUGUUUAGAAGUAAAACUUGUUUUUACAAUUUUUAUUAUUUUUUAGGGGUCCCGAUUUGUUGAUGUUAAUGUCAACUGUAGAAAAAUGAAAAAGAGUGGAGAUUAGGAGUGUAGAGAACCAUUUUAGCUUGAAGAUUUGAAUCGUGAAUGAAGUUUCUAGUAUUUUUAUGGAGGUUUGUGUGUAUAGAACCCUCAGGGGGAAGAUAAAAAAAAAAAACUCAUGAGGAUUUGUUUCAUUUGAAUUGGUCAUAUUUAAAUGAUUAUUGUCAUCUCUUGCGGAUCAAAAAACCAAAUUAUUGUUAUCCUUUUUUUGUGCAUUUGAUGAUGAAUCUUGUCUUUUCUAUAAAUAAUUCAUCAUCUG